AUGGAGAGCAAAUUGAUUGUUGAAGACCAUAGAACUCAGUUCAAGGCUCAGCUUAGUGUUGUCUAUGCACAGAAUGAUGGACACAAGAGGAAAAGUUUAUGGAGGGAUCUGAGGCAGAUUAAUAUCUCAAGUCAGGAGGUAUGGCUAUUGAGUGGUGAUUUUAAUAAUGUUCUAUCAUCAGAGGAUAGAAUACGAUCUCCAGUUACUGCUGCUGAAGUAGCGGGAUUAAAAGGGAUAAUAGAUGAUCUGCAACUUACCCCUCUGAGGGCAAAAGGGUGGCAUUAUACUUGGACAAAUAAACAAGGAACUGGGAGUAGAGUGUAUAGCAAGAUAGACUGGGCACUAGGAAAUUAUCAGUGGAUUCAACAAUAUGGGCAUGUGGAAGCAGAUUAUAUGAAUCCAUCUGUAUCUGACCAUUCCCCUAUUCUUAUAAAGUGUGGCAGCCAGAAACUACUACAUCCUAAACCUUUCAAAUUAUACACAAAUGUUAUGGACCAUCCACAGUUUCAAAAUAUAGUUCAGCAAACAUGGCAAAAGAAGUAUGAAGGAGUAUCUAUGCAGAAAAUAUGGUGCAAACUAAAGAGUCUAAAAGAGCAGCUUAAGGAGAUUAAUGCUUAUAUGGCUUCCUACAAACAAAAACUUGAUCAGGCAAGAGAGAGAUUGGAUAUUGUGCAAAACCAGAUGAAGCAGAAUCUUUUGGCACAGUCACUUAUAAAUGAAGAGAAAGAAGCAAUAGGUGAAAUAGAAAAAUGGAGUAAAGUGGAGGAACAAGUACUGAGACAGAAAUCAAAGGCAAGCUGGAUUGAGUGUGGUGAUGCUAAUACUAAAUAA